GUAAUUCAUCUUCAUCUUACAUUUACACCACAGGAUUGUUCAAGGAGAUCUGAUAUUCAAGCCUUUCAAGAAUUGGGACGAGCUUUACUUCCUAUUGCAUGUCGCCUUCCGUACGCGCCCCAGCAAUUGGUAGAUGAAGCCAUUCAGAUAAAAAGGACGAAUCGGAAUCCGGCACUGUAGAUAGCCGGAAAUCACAACAAAGACGAUGAAAAGCUUUUACUCCGCACUUGUCAUGACCACAUUUUAAUUCGCCAAGGAUUCCGGCUUGACCAUCCAUGAUCAGGCUUUUCUUUCCUCUACGUCGACCGUUCUCUACCAUGUCGCGCCCCAAGAACUGGAAAGCAGCCGCCCCGACGAACGAGACGACCCACUCGCCCGCCCAGCUCGCCCUCCCGAAGCUGCCUGUCGUCGAUCUCCCGGACACGCUCGCCAAGCUCAAAGAGAGUCUCCGGCCUAUCGCAUGGACAAAGGAGGAGUAUGAUACGGCUGUAAGAAAGGUGGACGAGUUCGGCAAACCCGGGGGGAUGGGCGAGGUCUUGCAAGCUAGGCUCAAGAAACGCUACGACGAGACGGAACACUGGCUCGAGGAAUGGUGGGACGAUGGUGGGUAUCUUGGAUACAGAGACCCGGUCGUAGUCUACGUGUCGUACUACUAUGGAUUUGAUGCUCAUCCUGCUCAUUUGCCCCAAACCCCUGCUGCUCGCGCGGCAGGCAUCGCCCGCGGCGCCAUGAUAUUCAGGCAACAGCUCAAACGCGGCCAGGUCGCUGCAGAGGGCACCAGGGAGGGUCCGUUUUGCAUGGACACCUAUCGCUGGAUGUUUGACAGCUGUCGUGUUCCUGGUCCCCAUGGUCUUGAUUGGAGUGUUACCCAUGCAAAGCCAAGCGACACCGGCGAUUCAGGGCACAUCGUCGUGUUUCGGAAUAACAGACCAUGGAAGGUCGACUUGACUGACAAUGGCAGGAUUUUGAGCACAGAGGAAAUUACAAAGCAAAUACAGUACAUCUACGAUCAUAGCAAGGGUAAUUAUCCCGGCAUUGGCAUUCUAACGGCAAACAACCGUGAUGUCUGGGCAAAGGACUACAUAGAACUUCUAUCUUCAUCCCAUAAUGCAGAUGUAGUAUCCGCCAUCCACUCUGCAGCCUUUACUAUCAGCCUCGACAACGCUACUCCUGUAACUGCUAUCGAACACAGCCGCUUCCUCUGGCAUGGCCAUCUCACUGGGAAUGGCACACCAGCCGGUCUACGAAACCGAUGGGUAGACAAGCCAUGCCAAUUCAUAGUAUACGACAACGGGCGUGCUGGCAUCAUGGGUGAGCACUCUGUCAUGGACGGUACCCCUACCGUUCGGCUCUGCGAUGACGUUCUCAACUGGCUCGCUGACCCCACCUUCGACCACGGUAUUCCAUCAAGAACAUUCACCCCGACGCCUAUGGACUGGGAGAUCACGCCUGCCAUCAGCCAAGCGCUCACCACAGCAGACACUGCCGCCAAGGAGCUCAUAGAGAGCCAAGAACUCGGGUUCUACCUUACGGCCUAUGGUAAAGCUGCCAUCAAGAAAUUUGGCGUGUCCCCCGACUCUUGGGCACAGAUGAUCGUACAACUCGCAUAUCGUAGACUCAUCGGGAAUGAGAAACGGAAGGGCGGGACGUAUGAGGCUGCGACGACGCGUAGGUUCCGCAAAGGCCGUACCGAGGCUAUUCGGGUAGUUACGAGCGAGUCGGACGCGUGGGUCGCGAGUAUGGAUGACUCGAGUGCCACACAAGAAGUUAGGAAGGCACUAUUUGACAAGGCGACAGAGAAGCAUGUACAAUUGGCAAAGGAGGGAGGGCUGGGACGUGGUGUAGACCGACACCUGUUUGGGCUGAAGAAACUGCUCCAGGACGGCGAGGAGGUGCCUGAACUGUUCACUGAUCCUGUGCUUGUGAGGUCUAGCUAUUGGGUACUUAGCACGAGUGCCGUGUUUUCGAAACAUUUCCCGGUGUAUGGAUGGGGAGAAGUCGUUCCUGAUGGGUUUGGUGUCGCAUAUAUGACUGGAUAUGACGACCGACUACAAUAUACUAUUACAUCUCGGACGGAGAUGCCUAAUGCCAAGUUUUGCGAGGAAAUUAUCAAGGCCGCAGAUGAUUUGUAUGAGCUGCAUGUACCGCCGUCUGAGACUCAUUGUAGAUUAUAAUUGUCUGCACUGUAGAUUUGUCCUCCCAAUAGAUGCUAUGACGGGGUCUCCAGCGCUACUGCUUAUUCUGUCCCCCCUGAGUUUAGCUACCACAAAUAGGC